CAAUAAGCUGUAACUUUUGGUGCGAGAAAGACCAACUCUAUGACUUAAUGGCAGCAGAUAUCAGUAUUUGAAUGUCCCUGUGAACAUUCAACUGUACUAGCAGAUGCCUGAAGCAACACAGUUUAAUCUAAUGAAGCUGGCAACAAUUCAACGAAAAGUUUUACUAGUGCUUUGAGUCAAGAUCUAAGAAAAUCCUCCAUAAAAUUUCUGUAGCUCUAGCUUAUUGAACUAUUUUCCAGAUAGAAACUGGUUUGUUUUGUUCAAAAUACGUCAGCAGAUGAACAAUUAUCAAUGACUAAAUCCCAAAGGACAUCCUGAGUCUUAAACUCCCACUUUCCUAGUCUUCAAUUAUCAUUUAACCAUGAAAAUUUCUGAAUAUAAUUAAGCUUACAAGUUCAACAAAGUUAGUAGCAGAUACUACAUGGGUUCUUCAGGAUCAAUGUUUUUCCUUGCUUGCUUUGUUUUCAUUCUAAAUAUUGUUGAUCCUACAGUUGCUCAGACAGAAAUUAUGCUGUACAAGGAUUGCCUAAACAAGGGGAACUACACCCCAAACGGCACCUAUCAGAGCAACCUCAAUCGCCUCCUCACCUCUAUCUACACCAACAAUGAAAUAGACUAUGGCUUCUACAACUUUUCAUACGGAGAAAACGCUGAUAAGGUUUAUUCUAUUGCACUUUGUAGACCAGAUAUAACUCCAGAUGUCUGUCGCGAAUGCAUAAGAAAUGCUAGUGAAGCCCUUACAACAAUCUGUCCCAAAUUCAUGGAGGCAGUCGGAGGUUAUGAUUUAUGUAUAUUACGAUAUGCCAAUCGCAACAUAUUUAACCUCAUGGAAGGAGGACCUUACUUUUGGGUCUAUAGUCUAUUUAAUGUCUCAGAUGUAGCUGGGUUCAACAGGUCAGUGUUUACCUUGUUGGAUAGGCUUGGGGAUCAAGCUGCAACAGGAAAUUCUCAAAGAAAGUAUGCCGUGGGAGAAUUAGCAGGGCCUAACCUUCAACCAAUAUAUGCUCUUGUGCAAUGUACUCCUGAUUUAUCACAGGAAGAAUGCAAAUAUUGUUUAUAUAAUGCUUCUGCACUAAUUCCAACCUGUUGUACAGAAAGACAAGGAGGAAGAGUGAUUUUUCCAAGUUGUAAUUUUAGAUAUGAAACGAAUCGUUUCUAUAAUGCCAUUGUUGAUGCAGCUUUACCACCUUCUUCUACUUCCAAAGGGAAGGAAAGCCAUGCAUCUAAGACUGUCAUCAUUAUCGUCAUUCCAAUUAUGGUUAUUGUGGUAUCGGUUAUUGUCAUGAUCUUCAUCUACUUAAGAGUACAGAAAACAAAAACAGAAUUCACAACUGAUGAAAUCGAAAUUGUGGAAUCCUUGCAAUACGACUUUAGCUUCAUUAGAGCUGCAACAGAGAACUUCUCUCAAGCUAAUAAGCUUGGACAAGGUGGUUUUGGACCUGUAUACAAGGGUACAUUUCCAAACAAACAAGAAGUAGCCGUUAAGAGAUUGUCAAAGGAAUCUUCACAAGGAGAAGUAGAAUUUAAGAAUGAGGUCCUGUUAUUAGCCAAGCUUCAGCAUAGGAAUUUGGUUAGGCUCGUGGGUUUCUGCUAUGAACGCAAAGAGAGGCUUCUCAUUUAUGAGUUUGUGCCUAACUCAAGCCUCAACAACUUCUUAUCUGAUCACACCAAGCGUGCACAAUUGGAUUGGGAAAGUCGAUACAAUAUUAUAUAUGGCAUAGUUCGAGGACUGAUUUACCUGCAUGAAGAAUCUCAACAUCGAAUAAUUCAUCGCGAUCUCAAGACUAGCAACAUUCUGUUGGAUGCAUCAAUGAAUGCAAAAAUUUCAGAUUUUGGCACGGCGAGGUUGUUUGCCAUUGAUCAAACACAAGAUGACACAAGCAGAAUCGUCGGUACAUAUGGAUAUAUGGCUCCAGAGUAUGUUGCAAACGGGCACUUCUCAGCAAAAUCAGAUGUAUAUAGCUUUGGUGUGAUAGUAUUGGAAGUUGUGAGUGGCCAAAAGAACAGGUCGUUCCGCAUCGGGGAGGAAGUUGUGGACCUUAAAACUUAUGCAUGGCAAAGCUGGAAUCAGGGGACAGCUUUGAAUCUGAUUGAUCCUAUAUUAGCUGGUGGACCAACAAGUGAAAUGAUGCAAUGCAUCCACAUAGGACUACUAUGUAUUCAAGAAGAUGAAGCUCGCAGACCAACCAUGGCUUCCGUUGGUGUCAUGCUUAGCAGCUACUCUAUUAGUCUCCCACAUCCUUCUAAACCUGCAUUCUUUAUGGGAAGUACACUAAACCGAUGGACAUCUUUGUCAUUGGAGCAUAAUUCAGAGUCAAUUGAAUCGGAUAAAACAAACACCAAGAUUGGUCACUUAUCAAGAAACGAGGCCUCAAUCACUGAGCUAGAUCCCCGAUAGCAUCUAAGCAUUGAAAUUGAAUGAAUUAGUAAAGCAUGUAAAAACAAACACCAAGAUUGGUCACUUAUCAAGAAACGAGGCCUCAAUCACUGAGCUAGAUCCCCGAUAGCAUCUAAGCAUUGAAAUUGAAUGAAUUAGUAAAGCAUGUAAUUUAUGCUAUAAUUUUGUACUCGUCAGGUUGAAAAUUUUUCUACAGUGUUUUGCUAAUAAAAAUCUUGGGGUAAGUAUCACUGUAUCAGAAAGCCCCUCUACUUUACAAAAGGGCUCAACUGAGCCCUUUUAUUUUUUUCCUACUCAACUUAACCCCUGUAUUUUUGAGAAUGGGCCACGUUAGCCCCUGAUACUAACUGACUUUAAUUUCUGUUAACUAAUGAGUUGAAAUAUUUGUUAUUAAUUUGUAAUUUGCUGACUCAUUAGCCACGUGUCUAUGUCCAUAGAAAUGUUGACACGUGUCCAAAUGUAAAAAGCCAACAGAGAAUAUCUAUCUUAUGUUUGAAUGUUUUGAAAGUUAUUAUUUUUGGGUCAA